ACGAGCGUCCUGUCAGGCGUUCGCGUUGAGCAACGCUAUUUUCCCGCGAACAGCCAAUGAGGUCGCGUAAGGGAAAUUUGAUGAUGGCUUCUUCAUUGCUGCACCUAAACCUAACGCAAUAAUGACAGUAGGGAGGACGCAGGCUGCCGGCUCAGCUCCGAACCGUUCCCUGCAGCGUCGGCCAACGUCGGGCGUAUGCGACCGGCGCUAGGAACGUCGUCAUGGCCCUAGGCAGCUGGAACCGGUGCGGCGGCCGGCCGCCCAUCUUCGAGUACUAUGUCACCGAGUUCCCACUGCCCGAGGAAGGAAACUUCAGGGCGAUAUGCAAAGUGUGCAACACCUCCAUCAGCGCGUCCCGCCGAGCCACAUCGAACCUGAUAUCGCACAUGAAGCGCAAGCACCCUGGCGUGUAUCACGACAACGGCAGCGCAGGCCGGAUGAUGGAGGUGGCCAGCAUGCCCCAGCUGAUGGGCGGCAGUGGAAGCAGCCAGCUGGGCUCGGUGCAGCAGUACGUAGACCAGCGGCAGCAGCAAGUGACCGACGCACUGGUCAGCCUGCUGGCGGGCAGCCUGCUCGACCCGGGCAUUGUAGACACGCGUGAGUUCCGACGCUUGCUGAGCCUGCUGGACACGAGCUACGAGCCACCCACGGCAUCGCAGCUGGUCUACGGUCUGCUGCCCGGCCGCCGCUGGGGGCUCCAACAGCGUGCCAUGCUUCUGCUGGAGACGGCACAGAGCGUUGCCCUAACGCAGGAUGUUUGGCUCGGAUCCACAUCCUGCGUGAGUGUGUCGGCGCACUUCAUCCUCAACUGGCGUCUGCGCACUGUGUUCCUGGCUGGCCGCUACUUCGUAGACGCCGACCCUGCCGAAAGUGUGCAGCAGCUGAUGGCCGAAGCGCUGGCGCAGUAUGGACUGGGCGAAAAAGUGGCGCACGCUGCCGUGUACACUGCGGCGGGCGUCGUUCGCAGCUUCCAGACGUGCCUCCCCGGCUUCUCGGCAUGUGAAGAAGGUGCCGCUCUGCCAGGGUCGGCGGGGGCUCUGCCGGGGGCCAGUGAUGGGGACUGGAGACCCCUGCCGGGCAACUUGCUGAGCCUGGACUCUAAAGACCUUGGGCCACUCUUUGUAGACGGCUUGGGCUGCUUUGCAGAAGCACUGCAGACUUGCGUGGCCGAUGGCCUGCACGAUGACCUUCAUCUAGAAGCAGCGGUCAACAAGGUCAGUGGACUCGUCGAGUUGGCUCGAGGCCUGCCACAAGGGACCUUGGACUCGGUCCGCCAAGCGGUCGAAUCUGGCUGUUCCACUUGGCACGGGCAGCUGCGGGUGGUUCGAGCCACUGCCGGAUCACCCCUCGAGGUGCUGCAGGGCGCCGCACCUGCCCUGGGCUUCACGCCCGACGACCUCGAGACUCUCCGGGAGCUCUCCGAGCUCAUGGAGCCUUUCGAGGAGGCCUUUCACCUCAGCCGUGGAGAAGGCCGUGUGACGGCGAGUUAUGUGGUGCCUUGCAUCCGCGGGCUGCGCGCCCACCUCGAAGCGGCCCGGCCUUUCCGACUGGUGUCGGCCGCGGGCCGCCUCGCCUCGGCCCUGACCACUCACCUAGCCAAGUUCGAAGGGAGCGAGACCUUCGUGCUGUGCUCCAUGUUGGACCCACGGUUCAAGCUUCGCUGGUGCGCGCAGGAGGGGGAGGAACGGCAGAGGUUGACGGCACUACUGAGCACCAAGGUGCAGGAGGCGGACGGUGACCGGGACACGACAUCGCCCCCCGAGUGCGACGAGCCCCCGUGCGAGCGUCGCCAGAGCAAGUUGUUUCGUUACAUGAGCCCGGGAGGAGGGUCCUCCGCCGAAGGGCCUCAGCACCAAGCCGCUCCCCAGUGCUGGGAGGUGAGCAGCUACCUGGCGACGCCGUGUUUGCCCGAGACGGGCUGCCCCCUUGACUUUUGGCGCCAGCACCAGGGUCAGUACCCAAAGUUAGCUCAGCUUGCCUCCCGGCUCCUGAGCGUGCCAGCCACAGCAGCUCACAUCCUCCGCAUGUGCCGCGUGGGUGGCAAGGUCGCCAACCCUGCCGAGUUCCGGCUUAACGGGGUCACGUUCGAAAACCUAAUGUUUAUCAAAUGCAACCAGGGUCUCAGGUAGUCGGACCCCAUCGUUUGCUGUUUUUGAGUGUGCCGUCAUUUUAAACCAAUGUAUGCCAAGUAUCUCGACGGUGUCUGGCACCCAUUUUAUUGACUGCAGUCCAAGAUCCAGUCAUUACUUCACAGUCCACUUGGCCUGCUUUCAUUUUGGUGCUGAGCCAAUGGGAGCGAUCGAGUUUUGUCAACUGCGUAAGUCCUGUGGAUGGUCUUCAUAUGCAAGGUAGAGAUGAAAGUUAUAUAUGUUUUAUUAUGGAAAAUGCGUUAUUUUAUAGAAUGCUUUGAUGCACGUGUGAAUUGAUAGGAAGUGAAGUGCAGUGUUUAGGCCUUUGUCUUUUAAUGGGACAUUACACUGAAAACUACGAACGUUGCAAAGCCAUGUUUGCGGUGUGGUUGCUUAGCCUACACACAGGACACUACCAUGGCCUUGUGUUUCAGCUCUUGUAAGCCUUUCUGUGUGUCCCUACAGUGCUGAUAUUCCGUUUUCCCAACCAUUUCAGCCUACUGCAAAUGACAUUGCUAGCAACGGUUCACUGUAGCGGCAGUUAUAUGGCUCGUACAGUGCCUCUGUCUGAAUGCAUACCUUUCUUUUUGUGGCCUAGCCGCUAUCGCCUCUUAUGCUUUCCAGUCAUGCUAGUCUAGAACAGUCCUCCACCACUAUCUGCCGACUUUCCUCGCCCGCAAUUUGUGCAUUGCGUGAGCCGUACACUGCUGUCGCAACAAGUGUCGUGAGCGAGUAGCGAUGUACCUGCUCUACAUGUUGACAGACCAAGAACUUAGUACAAGCUGCGGCCCACAAAACUGCCCCGAUGCACUUAAAUAUCAUAUGCCUCUCCACUCCAAAAGAUAUUUGCCGAGAGGUUCCGGUAUUGGAAGUACCAUACUUUCUGGACUAGUGUCGGUAUUUCAUGUAUAAGCCUACCGGGGCCAAUUUGAGCUUAAAAUGAAAAGUGCUUUUUUAGGGACGAACUUCAACUGAAAAUUCUUUUAGCUUGUUUCUAACCAGUACACAGUAGGCAAGCAAAAAUGUCCUGUUGUCCUUUUUGUCUAGCUGCAUACAAGAGUCAGUUGUAAAACCUCUCAAAAUCGCUCUCACUGGGCUCUAAGGACAAAAUAAGUCAAGCAUGUCAGAUUGUCGAGCUAGCAAAUCCAGGCACUUGAAAGCAGCCACCCUAACUGUCUCAGCCAGCAUUCACUUUCAUGUCACCUGCUACUAGUACCAGCUGGUAAUGUUCCUUGUGAGCAGCAACAAUUAUUGCGGAGCUGAUUUAACCACGUGAUUAUUAUGGGAAAAUUUCUGAUCGUUUAUUCUUGCAUAGUCCAGAAAGUGUGGUACCAUUUGCGCCUGUUGUGACAUCACGGCAACGAGCUAACAUAACUGGCUGCCGCAGUUACACAAAUUCAUUUCGAGUUAGACAGCAGUGUGCUUGCUAUUGCAUUUUUUAGGUUGACACCGCCUCCAUCAUUAAUCGUUUAUUGCCAAACUCAUAUGUUUCAUUAUUUACUUGCCGAUUCUCUUUUUUCCUUGACACUUUUCGCAAUUGCCAUUGCACCACAACUGAUGCUUUCUCUCGACAGUCAAUAUGAGGGAACAAGUGAGUUUGCAAAGAGAAGAGACUGCUUUCCGUUAAGAUUUCCUGGACUUCCAGAGAGAGAGAUAGCUCUCCUCCCUUGUGUGUGUGUAUAUUUAGGACCCUGUGAAUAUUGUGCUGGGGUUUUAACUUUGAAGAGAGAGGAUGGGACAUGAGUGGGGUGAAAGAAUAUUAAGUGCCACAAGCUUUUGCAGUGAUGCGAGAAGCACAGCGCUGUCAUGAGCUUCCCUACGAAACCGAUGCCAAAGGCAAACUGAUGCAAGAAACCGAAUGCAUUCAUAAGUAUAUUGUGAGAUGUGAAGGUCGCGCCUUUUUAUGCAUACAACCUUUUUUCCGAGGCCAGUAUUCAAACCACAUAUAUAGGUGCGUGAUGCACCAUGUGGCGGCACUCUUGUACAUAGACAAACGUCAAAAAGAAUCUGCUGCCUGAAAACAGCAUAUUGGGCUUCAUUCGUACAACAGCCACCAGAAAACAACUUGAUAUAAGUGUGAAGAGAUUAAAAAAAAUUUGUGAACAUGGGGUGUCAAUGGAGCCGAUGUUUCGACAAACGGACUUGUCUUCUUCAAGGCUGCAAUUGUGUAUUUCAAAUGAUUGCAGGGAUGAGAGGUAGUGUAAAAGAACAUUUGUGCAGCCAGUUUGCAAACAUUUCUUACCAAGGGACACUGGCUGCUCGAAUUCAGUCUGACAAAAAAAAAUGAUAGCAUACCUUGGACCUAGCCUUUGCGCAACGUAGUGUAGCAGCUCUGUCAAAUGUACGUUCAAUAAUAAUUGCUUGCACCGUGGUCGCGAGCAAUUGCAAACUUAUCAGCUACAACAUCGUGCUACUAAAUAUGAGGGCACCAGUUCAAUUUCAGGCCAAGGCAGUAGUGAUGCAGAACUAUCGAUGGUACUAUCGAUACUAUCGAUAGCUGAGUCACUUUCGAACUAUCGAUGGUGAAAAAUACUAUCGAUAGUGCUAUCGAUAGGAAAAAAUUCGAUGGUACUAUCGAUAGUAUAAAGUCAACAGCGCGAACUCACUGCAGAAUAAACUUGGUUUCCCGCGCGCGUGGUACAUAGUGGAGGGGGAGGAGCAGGCUGAAGGGCAUGAAAGUUGACAUGAUUGUGCUCUUCACCAGGGUGCUUUGGUGACAUAUGAUCAUAAAGUCAAACUGUUCAGCUGUAGCGGAAAGGAAGCCUGUAUACAUGUGGUGCGACUGCGCAGCUUCAAAUUUAUAUUGCAUUUAUGAUUCAAAAAAAAAUAUCAAGAAGGUAAUUGUAAGGUGUAACUGGUUGCUGUUGGAUACGAAUUUAUUCAGUGACCUAUUCCGCCAUUUCCACUGCGGAAAUAAUUAAUUUCUCUGCCAAAAUUUGCUGAAAAAUUAUGCGCAGCUGGUAGUAGGCUAUCUCAAAUAUUUUGGCAAUAUGGCCGACCAGCAACUGCAUCAUUAUUCACACCACUAUUGAUAGUAUUGUCACGUGGUUGUGACAGUGAAGAAUGCAUGCAACAAUACUUGGAAAUACGGAGCUCUUUAUUUGGGCGAACUUGUGCCCAUAAAAUCAAAACUGAAAAUACAAGCGAUACAUGCUGCACAUUAAUAGCGGCAGGAGCAGUCGUCAGCCGUUGAGUAAUCUGAUCAUCGGUGGAACAUGUCGUACUUUAUACAUCAGGCAGGCAUCAGGUAGCCAGUGGAGCCCUGGACUUGGGACCACCCAUCGAGCUUAUCCCUUACCCAACCUUUAUGAAUAAAGUUGUACUGCUACUACUACUAGUUUAUACAUCAGUCAUCAAACCUUUCAGCGUUAUCGCUGGUGCUCACGUAAGCUCUCGAAUAAACUUGACUGUUCGCGUCCGGCGUGUAAUCUUAACAGAAUGAUCUCAAACAGUCGUGAAGCUUCUCAACAUUAGGACGUGGUCUGCGUCAAACGUUGCUAACAGUGUUUGUGGGUGAAACCCGAAUACGUCGAAACAAAGCAGUAAACACGCGUGGCAGUGAUAUCACUAUAUAGUAAUAUUAACGAUGGUAAUACCAAUUGCUUUAUUGAUAGUUUGUCGAUAGUAGCACUAUCGAUAGCUUGUUUACACUAUCGAUAGUUUCAAAAAAACUAUCGAUACUAUCGAUAGUCAAUUUACCGAUAGUUCUGCAUCACUACAAGGCAGUUGAAUUGCAACGGGACAAAAUGCAAAAACAUUCGUGUACACGGAGUUAAACUCACGCUAACAAACUUCAGGUAGUCAGAUUCGAUCCCUAGUCACCUCGUAAUCAUAUCAUUAUCAUAUGAUUAUGACAUGCCUCGUAAUCAUAUCAUGGUUCGGGCAUGUGAAAGCCCAAAAUUUAACUUAAAUAAUGACAUCCAGAAUGAAGGACGACGAAAAUUUGUAAGGCUGACCAAAACCAUUUGGGAGGUCUUGCCGCAGAGCUAAUUGAGCUGGUGGAUUUGCUGCUUGUUGGUUUCGAAGCCCUGUGAAAGUGUUCAUGUCGUGGUGACGAAAAAAAUUUGUUGUCUGGUGGCUGUUGUACAAGUGCAGCUGUUAGAUGGUAUCAAAGAUGCAUCUCUUACUAUUGUCACGUCAUUUGUCGCAUCCUGUAAAUAGCACAUCAGCAUACGCAUCGACCACCUCCGAGAAGCUCUUUUAAUGCACGAAUGUGCCGUUUUUAAGAUGGAUUUCAUUGCUUGACCUCUUCGUUUUGUGUGUGUGGUGUGACACGUUGUGAGUUGUGCCAGCUUUUUUUUUCUUCCCCACCUUUAUGGCAUCUUCAAAUAUCUCUUGGAGAUUUUCGUCUAGAUGAGUCGCAUUGCAGCUGAAAGCAAAUCUGUCUGCAGGGUAGUCGUGGAAAAUAAACAAGGGAGCUUUGCCUGUUCAAAAGUACUAUAUGUAACUGCGUGUGUGCUACUUCUUUAGUUCCGCAUAAUUCUUUCCUGUGAUUUGUCAAGUUCUCCCAUCAACAAUUUGUGUUCCCACUGUUCCCAUCGUGCUGCUUCCUCUAUCAAAAUAUCAGUGCUAUACGUAUGCAUCUUCCAUCACUUGACAAAAGAAGAAAAAGGAAACAUGCAGAUUGUGUAAUGCAUUGCGUCUUAUACCUUCUGCCAAAUGGAAACGGUUUGCUUCUCUUGAAAGCCAGUGCUCUCUGGGCGAGGAAGAACCGAUAUGCACUUUAAAGGCACAAGCAUUAUUGCUGUAGUCUGGUGCUGUACUGAGAUUUCGUUCAUGCCUAUGUUUAGCUUAAUAUUAAAUGCAUGCAGGCCAGUUAUGCAGGUAUAAAACGUUAAGGGGAGCUAGGAAAAUAUGCUAUCAUCACCCCCUAUUCCUCAAUUUUUCUUUCUCCGCAAGAGAAUGCCAAGUAAAGAUGGUUUUAAAAUGGAGAAUUGUGGUCUUCUCCCAACCAAAUAAAAAGCCUUAGUACCACGCCUAGCUCUUCAUGGGAUGAUUCCACUGAUCCUUAGAAGCUAGACCGAACACAAAGCUCCAAACUGUUGGUAUUUGCUUCAUUGGUAAUGGGUCUAACUGAUAGUUGAAAGUUAAAGCACUUAUGGUAGCCUGGGCUCACAGCUUAAAAGGCCAACUACAACAAACAGGCACGUAGCCAGGAUUUUUUUUCGGGGGGGGGGGCCCAAGGCCUAAUUGUUCGAAAGACAGUCUUUCCAUGGCAAAAACAAAAAAAAAGUUGCCUGGAAAUAUAGAGGGCUGGAAAAAUUUCGGGGGGGGGCCCGGGCCCCCCCCUUGCCUACGUGCCUGACAACAAAGCAAUGUUUCGUAAGACACGGGGCUAGGAAUCACACUUUUUUUUUCUCUCAUGAUUUGCACACUAAUAUAAAAACCAAGCUUUUGAUGCAGCCCAGAAUAUUGUUGGAGCCGGCCUUUAAAUUUAGGAGCGUUACCACAUUAGUUGCAUAUAAAAGUGGACAGCACAGCAUUAACCUAAACUUGCGUUUCUAUGCACGGGCCGAGAAGAAACGAGCUUUUCAAAAAUUACGUGAAAUUUCUUUAAAAUGUAGUGUCUCGUGACUAGACCUCAUUCUCUUUCACUUGUUCGUGCCGCCAUAGCUCUUGCUCACUUGCUCCGAGAAAAGUCGCUUGUAGUAGCACCACCUUCUUUAUGAAAGAAAAGAACUCUCCCUCCCGAGCAAAAGGGUGCAGCUUGAAGCAUUGGCUCCCGAGUUCUGCAAACUAGCUGUAUUCACGCUUGAAAAAAAAAAAACUAGUGCGCAGAGGUUCAUAGCCUCCAGCCACCUGCGGUUGAUGUCGACGGAAGGGAAGGACCCAUGCUUUUGUUUCCUGUUAGGACAUCCAAAAACAAAAACAUUCACAGGGAAGGGAGAUACAAAAGACCCUUUGGAUCCCCCAGGACAGGUGCCAUUAUGCAUACUGAAUGCCUGUGCAUGCCUGCUUAGAUUGCAUUUGACGGUUAAGGAAGGCCCAAACAGAGCAGCUUCCAUUUUGUGUCCUGGAAUGCAUAGAAAGAGAAGCUUCCAUUAAAGCCAGGACACUUAAAAAUAGUCACGCGCUGGGUCGUCUUCAAAGGGAUUGUUCUUUCUUUUCUUUCCCACUUAAGCUCCUUUCUCUUGUUUUGUUGUUUUAUUUUGUUGUUUUUUCCAACUUUUGGCUGUUUUGUACCUGCAGAGUGAGAUGUUUUGAUAUCAACAGCUUCCACUGUGGUCAUGGCGUCCACUCCCACUCCAUGCAUUUCGAAAGAGAGCAAAAGGCUACAUUAUGUAUUUACUUUCAUUAGGAGGAUGUGACAUUCAUUACGCUGGCACCGUGUCAUGAACACCUUCAGGUGUCAACCCUCAUUCAGUGCUAAUUAGUUUUGCUCCGACUGAAAUGACCAGUUUCACUGAAUUAAGGAAUAGCUGCAGGUUAGUUGCCUAUUGGAUUCUGCUGCGCCAUUUGUAGCAGUUUCUUUAGGCUUGCUUGGGGCAUGUUGACAUUCAAGCUUUUUCUCUCUCUGUCUUUCUCUUUGUUUUUUCCCCGCCUACAAAGCUGGGUACAUGUUUUUUCGCUUCUUUAGAGUAUUUUACAUACUUAAAUUUCUGCGGUCAGGACUCAAAUAUUCAUUUGUAAGUCCACACCCCUUAUCAGGAACAAGAAAAUCAACCAAAAAGCUAUUGCAGCCAUUCCUUAGUACAAGGUUAAUGUUGCUGUGAUGACUAAUUUUUAAUAUCUUACCGAAGUAUUUUUGUAACACAUCUGGGUAUCUAUCAAGAUGAUAUGUGGAAAUUUAAACUUUUUUAAAGUGAAGCAUGCUGAUACUGAAUUCGAUUUUUUUAAUUAAAUUUAAUUGAAGGUUGUCCCUUUUUUUCUCCUAUAUAUAUGAGCGUUCAUAUUGGUCAAACUGCGCGAUGGGGUUGGGACAUGAAGAAGUGAGAUAAACUAGCGCUUCUCUCGAUGGGGCUAACUCUUUCGAUCUGUGCUUGUUUGUCUCACUUCUUUCUUCGUGUCUUGUCCCACCGUGCAGUUUGACCUCGAUGAACCCUUACCAACUUGCCCAACUUUCUAGGCUGCUUACCUAUAUAAGCAUACACUUAGCACGUCUCGAUAGGGUUAACCACUUGUUCACCCAAGCUUAUCUGGCCGUGCUGCCUUUGAUGUGAUGGAUGAAUUCCCAGAGAAGGAGGAGGUACACUCAAACCUCAUUAUAACAAAAUCGCAUCUGCCACGAAAGUAACUUCGUUAUAUCCGAAAAUUCGUUAUAAACGUUUAUUUGUAACACUGUAGCUAUGACAGGACUAUUCUUCAUUUACUUCGUUAUAACCGAUAAUUCGUUAUAUCCGUGUUCGUUAUAACGAGGUUUGAGUGUAUUUGGGUAGUAGACCAAUAUUGCAGGCAAAUACAAAUUGAGUUUCAAGAGUGGAGUCCUCUCCCCCUCCCCACACACACACACACAUACCAAGCUUGGGUGCAGCAUUUGGUUGAAAGACUUUCAUGAUGUCGGUAUGUGCCAGAAGGUAGUACAUAGUGCUUUAUGCCUUGUUAUUAGCUGCAUAAAAUUGUGCCGAUUUGCGAGUAUUGUUGAUAUCAGUGCUGCUUAUAUCAAAACAAUCGGUGAACAGGGUGGUUGACAGGCAUUUGUUUUGUUGUUUUUUUAAGUUCAGAAUGAGGUUAUUGUUAACCGCAGCACAAGCUUCAGCGUAGCAGCAUCUGGCAACUUAAGUUUAAGAUUUAACCGGAAUGGGCAAAAUAUAGCAGGUGAAACAUAGUCAAUAAAUAUGCACGUGGUUCUUUGCAAAUUUCACUAUGCCAGGAAACUUGCGCUUUAGGUGGGAAUUGAGAAGCAAACCUGUGUGGUCUGCACCAUCGCAGCCUAGUUUCUCAGCACUUUCGAAACGAAUCAUUUGGACUUCCUUGCAUGUAUGUGAUCAACCGCUGUUUCAAGCUGGGCUUGAUUGACAUCACCAAACACUGAAUUUGUUUCUUAGAGGAACCUAGAACUUUCAUCCCAGUUUUCAUACAUGCCUACAGAAUGAGUUGUGCAACAUGUGACAUCGUGUCCGUAGUCAAGGGGACGGACAACCUGACCAUAACACGUGCACCAAGUGACAGUACUCUGAUUGCGAAGGUAGCUAUUGCUUCGAUGUGAAGCUGCAUUGUUCCUUUGAAGCGCUGUUCAAUUACUGCACCACAUUUUUGUUUCUCUGUGUGCUUGAUGCUCAUUGACGACACCCGAUGCUCCCACUUGUUUAUGUGCGUGUACUUUUUCCCGCUAUGUGUGUGUGUGUCUGCAGGUGUUCGAGGAACACUCGUUUUAUUUAUUUGCAUUGUAAGCCAUAUACUCAGCACAUGGUGAUGACUUGCCUAUUGGUGAGCAGCCUGCAACCCUUUUGUUGUGGGCUGCGUGCGAAUUGUGUGCAGCUGGAUAGCAUGUCUAUUCUGAGCAGGCAUUUGUGAUCGAGUCCUUUUGCUUUGCCAGUGCACUUGAGUCUCUUGUACAUUUUUUACAUAUACACAUGCAAAAGAGGGUGUGUCAUUAGAGUCUGACUCUUGACAAAUAAAAGAAGAAAAGAUUUGACCUCGA